CAUGCCGUGCCUUCGCCAAUGUCAAUUGUAUUGUGAAUUUAAAAUUGUCACAUUAUUUUGAACAUCGAAAUACGAAUAUAUUUUAACAUUUUGUGUGGAUUUGAAUCAGUUUGCAUACUUGCAGUGUUUUUUUUUCUUUAGUAAUAGAUAAGUCCAUCGAGAUAAUGAACAAGAUUAUUGUUUCAAUUGAGUUUAUUAUUUAUUAUUUGCAAGACUGCUUUCUAAAGGACAGUGUUUAAUUUAAGAAGAUGAUAAAAUAUACUUAGACAUAAUUUAUUAUUUUACAAAUAAAUUAAUUUAUUGACUACAAAUGUUUAUCUAAGAUUAUAAACAUGUCAAAUAAAGAUGCAAAAGUGUAUGUUUGCACUCAAGCUGGCUGUAAGAACAAAUACAAUAGACCAUACAGAUUAGAGCAACACUUGCUAAGUCAUUUAAAUAUUAAACCUUUUCCAUGCACAUGGGAAAAUUGUAGUAAGGCUUACUCAAAUAAAAGUCAUUUAAAUCGUCAUAUCGCCAGUGCCCAUGAAAAAGAAAAAAAUAAUAUUAUAUACAGAUGCCCGGAAUGUUUUAAAACAUAUUCAAAUAGACAAAAUCUGAAGAAGCAUAUAAGACAAAAACAUGUAGUCAGUCUACCAUUUGUUUGUGAUCAUUGUAAAGCACAGUGUAAAAAGAAACAUCAAUUAAGUGCUCACAUGUAUAUGCAUAAUGGAGUUAAAGCGUUCAGUUGUGAAAUUUGCUCAAAAGAAUUUAUAACUCUGUAUGAAAAGAAGAGACAUAUGAGAUGUCACAAGACUUAUACCUGUGAUGAAUGUUCCUCAAUAUUUAACCAAUGGUCCAGGUACCAAAAACACCGAAAAUCCGAACACUGUGCCAAAAAAUACAUUUGUGAAGAUUGUGGAAGAGCUUAUACCCAAAGAAUUCACAUUAUCCAACACUUGAAAUCACAUUCAAAUUCUGAAAACCCAAGAAGAACUUUUUCCUGCCCUUACCCAGACUGCUUCAGGCGCUACUCAAGAAAUAGUAAUCUUACACAACACAUAUUAGUAAAACAUAAGAAACUCAAACAUAUUUGCAACAUUUGUCAAGCGGAUUAUAGCAGUCAGGCAAAAUUAAAAGAGCAUUUAAAAAUACACGAAAAUGGAGUUGUGCCAAGAAGAAAAGUAAAAUCAUUAGCAAAUGGACGUAAACACAGAAAGGAUAAGGAUACUUUAAAAAUGUCGACUGCCCUUAAACUUGCUGGAUUAACUGAAGCGGAUAUUGAAAAAUGUAAACUAUUGAACAAUACAAAAUAUGAAUAAUUUAUUCGAAAGAUACAUUUGAUAAUUAAACAAUAUUCUUCUUCAAUUCAAAAGAAUUCUAAAAGCUUCUCUUUUUAAUUGGAAUCAUAAAUAAAGAAAUAAUGUGGAUAGAGUAAAGAUCUAGUAUACUAGUAACACGGAGACAUUCUUAGUUUAAGUAUAGCCUGACCAGAAAAAUAAAAUACUUUGGAUACUCUAAGCCAAUCAACAAAG